AGUUUGCUGUGCCAUCUCCUUUCUUCUUCUAAGUGGGAAAGUAAUGAAGCUGAAACCAGUACAUUCAUAUCAACUCUUGGCUAUACGUCAGCAGAUUAUUAUUGUCACUUAGUUAAAAACGUGGUCUUUUCAUUAGUAACAGAACUCAGAGGAAAUCAGUUCAGUGGACUUAACAUUCAGGGGAGAGUUUCAGCCAGUCGUGUGAAUGCUGUGUCCCUUUUCUGUCUCCCUCUCAUUACUUUGCCUGAUCUAACUCCACUGCUGGAAACUCUCCUUCUUUACCAUGGAGGUGCAUCAAAAGAAAUUCUCAGUUCAGAGUUUCUGGAGGCUGUGAAUGAGGCUUUUUUAAAGAAGAAGAUCUCCCUUCCUGAAUCAGCUAUCUUCAGCCUCUGGCUUCGGCACUUGCCGAGCCUUGAAAAAGCUACAUUACAUCUCUUAGACCAGCUGGUUUCCAUUCAGUUUAAUUCACUGGAAGAAGUGGCUUGUGUCAUAAAAGAUUCGUUACUGCCACAAGCAGCAAGCCAUCCUGCCAUUUUCAGAAUUGUUAAUGAAAUUUUCAAGAAUGCACUGUUGGAAACUGAUGGAACUCCUCAAGUUAUGACAAUAAUACAAGUGUUUACGCAGCUCUUCCUUCAGGCUCAUCAGAAUGAAAACAAGCAGCAUAAAUUUCCACUGAAGGCCUACUUCCCUUACCAUCACCAGCCUCUUGUAACAGCUUUACUCAGAUGUCCUUUUGAACUGCCAACUAUACACUGGUCUCAACACCUGAAACACAUUUCAGAUAUGCUCAAAGCAUUAGUAGAAGAUACAAGCGUUAGUUCUCUUGCUGACCUUUUUGAAAUCUGGUUUUUGGUUGCUCGUUUUGGAGAAUGGCUGGAUAUUGCGGCAGAACAAUUACUGAAGGCUGCUGUAGAACCAGAUGCUUUGCUGUGGCUGCUGGCAUUUUACUACUGUCCUCAGAAUGAAAAUCAACAAAGGACUCAGAUAAUGGUAGAAGCUCAAGCAGUCUACAGUCAUUUAAUGAAGCUCUUCAGCUGUACAGUCCUUUCUGUCAAAGACCUGGAGGCGGCUGUACACAGUAUAACGGAUACAGAGCAGUGUUGUAACCAGCAUCUUAUAACACAUCUUCUUACCAACUUUUUGCUCUUUUCUUCUGGUGGACAUACAAUUGCCCAGGAAUUUAUUUACCAUGUUACUGAGGCAACUGAUACAAGCAAAGAAGUUUGUAGCCUUCUUAUCCGUACUGCAUACAGAAUGAACCAUAAUGGAGAAGAAAACCAAAGGACUGUGAAGCUGCUGAAUGAAAUUCUUCAAAAACUAACAUCGAAAGUUUAGAUUUUU